AUGCAAAUGAUGGUUUCAACCGUACUUCAUUGUUUCGUAUUUGUUCUAUUCAGCCUUACAGCUCGAGUAAAAUCUCAAUUCUGCCAUGGAAUGUCUCAACAUGAUCGAUGUUCGCCAAAUAGUGGAUGCGCCUGUUUCUAUAUUGCAGGUGCUAUUAACAUUGGCAUUUGUGCAGAUGAAUUCGUCGAUUGUUCUGAUCUAGUUCCGUGCGAACGCUCGAACAACCUUUGCCAUGAACCUAAUCAUAGAUGUGUUCACCAUCCUCGAUGUCAUAGUCUUCCUGUUUGUUAUCCGAUACCGAGGUUCAAUCGACAACUCUGCCCACCGAUAGCAAUUCCAACUACAACCACAACUACAACCACAACUACAACCACUACUCAACAGUCAGUGAUUCUCAACAUUCCAGUCGAUGCUAGAUGGACACAGAAUGGAGUGACCGUAGCUGGUGGCCAUGGAAAAGGCAAUGCUACCAAUCAACUCAACUUGCCGUUCGGUCUCUUCGUUAAUGAUGAUCAAACGAUGUUCAUCGCUAACUAUGCUAAUGGACGUAUCGUCGAAUGGAAGAUGAAUGAUAUGAAUGGACACGUGGUAGCUGGUGGCAAUGGCCAUGGAAAUCGAUUGGAUCAAUUGUUUUAUCCAACCGACAUGCUGGUCGACAAGGAGACGGAUAAUCUUAUUAUCUGUGAUCGAGAGAAUCGACGAAUCGUACGAUGGUCUCGCAGUAAUGGUCAAGCUUUAUUAGCAGGAAUGGUUGCGAUUCUCAAUAUUCUGAUGAUCGUUUCUACUGUUACAGCAGCAAUCAUUGAAUUACCAGUAGAAAAGUUUUCGUAUAAAAGAGAAGUUUAUUCUAAUACCAAUCAAAAUGUACUUGCCGUCUCUGUAACAUAUGGAACUAACAUCACGACUUUGACAUCAUCAAGAAUAAGUAACAUCAGCGGCCAACAACGAGCAGAACGACGAAAACAACAACAGCCAAGCCAACAACAAUCAGAACAACGAAGACAACAACAACAACAACCAAGCCAACAACGAGCAGAACGACGAAGACAACAACCAUCAAGCCAACAACGAUCAGACCGGCGAUAG